CACAGGCGCCAAUCCACCGAAAAGUUCUCUCCUAGACAAGAGCAGACCACAAGUCACUCUCGGUCAUUUUGUUGAACACCAGCAACGGCACUGAUGAAACCAUCUAUCCUGACGGAGUUUUGUCAUCUUUAAAAAAAAAAAGGAAGAAAUAAAGAGCAAAACACCAGAUGCUGCUCUCCAAGCAGGAUUGGCGUGAAGUUACUGAAUAAAUUCAAACUCUUCAGAGUCCUCUUCCAGAAGGUAAGAAGAGGGAAAUGAGUGACUUUGACAACUUCACCAAUGGGACUGGAAAUCAGAGCCUCUGUACCCGAGAUUAUAAAAUCACCCAAGUUCUCUUUCCUCUACUCUACACAGUUCUGUUUGUUGUCGGGAUAACCAUGAACAGCCUGGCAAUGGGCAUUUUCUUCCAAAUCCCCAGCAAAUCUAACUUCAUCAUCUUCCUUAAGAACACUGUCAUUUCCGAUCUUCUCAUGAUCCUGACUUUCCCUUUCAAAAUCCUCAGCGACGCGAAGCUGGGAGCUGGGCCACUGAGGGCAUUCGUAUGCCAGGUCACCUCUGUCAUAUUCUACUUCACAAUGUACAUCAGCAUUUCCUUCCUUGGGUUGAUCACCAUCGACCGUUACCAAAAAACCACCAGACCAUUCAAAACGUCCAACCUCAAUAACCUGUUGGGCGCCAAGAUUCUGUCCGCUGUGAUUUGGAUAUUCAUGUUCCUCCUCUCCUUGCCAAACAUGAUCUUGACCAACAAGAAACCAGUGCAUUUGAAUGUGAAGAAAUGUGCUUUCCUAAAAUCAGAUUUUGGCCUGGUCUGGCAUGAAAUUGUCAAUUACAUCUGCCAAGUAAUUUUCUGGAUCAAUUUGCUCAUCAUAAUCGUCUGCUACACACUGAUCACAAAAGAGCUCUAUCGAUCCUAUGUAAGAACGAGGGGGGCGGGGAAAGCACCUAAGAAAACUGUUAACGUCAAAGUGUUUAUUGUCAUCGCUGUGUUUUUCAUUUGUUUUGUGCCUUUUCAUUUUGCCAGAAUUCCCUACACUCUAAGCCAAACUAGAGAUGUUUUUGACUGCACUGCUGAGAAUACCUUAUUUUAUGUGAAAGAGAGUACCCUGUGGUUGACUUCUUUAAAUGCAUGCUUAGAUCCAUUCAUCUAUUUUUACCUCUGCAAAUCUUUUAGGAAUUCCUUGAUGAGCAUGUUAAGACACAGAAAUGCUCCCAUAGCCUCAGCCCAGGAAGUCAGAAACAAAGGGCAGGAGAACAGCAGUCCGUCAGAAGAGAUCCCACUGUAGAGUAAAGAUGCCUUGAGAAAAAACAGUUCCAUAACUCUAACUAUGGAAGAAAAGCACUGUAUAAAUGAAAGCGCCAUUGCUCACUGGGAAAUGGGAGAGUUGAUGGCCAAAUCUACUGAAACAAAGAAUUUUUUAGAAAAGCCGACAGAAUA